AUGGCCAAGGCCAGCAGCCACGGCGGGCGGGGCAUCGGCGGGCGGGGCAUCGGCGGGCGCGGCCAGCGGCGGCCGGAGGUGGGCGCUGCCAGGCGGCGGCGCGCGGGGCGGCAGGCGGGGCCAGGGAGCGGAGCUCCAGGCGCCGCGGCGCUGCGGACGGGAGCCGGCGAGCGGCGGGCGCAGCGCCGGCGAUGGGCGCCGGCGACUGCAGCAGGGGCGGCGAGCAGUGCGGGGCUCGGCGAAGCGGGCAGCAGCAGGCGGCAGGAAGAGGCGGCAGCAGCGGGGCGAUGCGGGCGAGUAGUGGGCGCGGUGGUAGCGACCAGAGGCGUGCAGGAGCACGAGCAUCCGACGGCCUCACGCACGGGCACGGUGGUUAUGGUAGGGAAACUAGGGGUCAAGUAG